UGCCAUGGCGAUUUUUUUUUCAUUGCUAGCCAUCCUGGCAAGUUUAUUCAUACCUGAAUCGGGUGCGUGCUUGACGUUACCUAGUACAAAAUAAAUUUAACGUAGCAACUAACAUGAUUACAAAUUGAAGGUGCACGUGGAACAAUUUAACGUUUAAAAAAAGUAAUAUAAUUUAUGAGCGUCUAAGAAAAUGUCAUCUAAGCAUGAGUCGUAAAAUUCGAUGUUUACAAUAAAAACUGCACCUUGCACAGUAAUAUUAAAGGCGCAGCAGCAGCGACCAACAUCGUCAGUACUAGCUACACCACAGUACAGACAGCAUGGCAGCUGCGUCAGCUCUAGUGUCGACACUGUUGAGUGGCAGGAAUAUUCUCGCCAUCAUCGCCUUUGGUCUGUUAGCUGUCUUCAGUUGGCCGUACUGGCGUCGCCCCCGUAAUGCCCCGCCCGGACCGCUAGGGUUGCCCCUGCUUGGUUCAAUACUCUCAUUUGGCAAGCACCCGGGACAGUACCUGAGGUCGCUGACGCAGACGUACGGCACCGUCAUAUCGCUUUACAUCGGAUCGGAGUUCGUCGUUGUGCUGAACGAUGUCGAAUCUGCAAAACAUGCCUUCCUCAAGUAUGGCGACAUCGUCUCCGGACGCGAUGUAUCAGGCAUCGUCCAAGACGGAGCAGAAUGCUUUUUCAAUCGGAAGAACAAGCUCUAUUUCGGACUCAUCGGAACUAAUGGCGCAAUAUGGAAAACUCAUCGCAAGUUUUCCUUGAAUGCGCUGCGGGACUUUGGCAUGGGGAAAGCGAGCAUGGAAGAGAAAAUCAAAGAAGAAAUCGGCGCUCUGCUUCCAGAACUAAGAUCCUACGAGGGCCGAGCAUUUGACAACAGGUUCUACUGAACGAAAUUGUGUUAG